GUCACAUGCACGCUUUCGUCGAGCGCGAUUUUGUCCUCCGCGGUUAAGACGGGUCACGGACACUGCAAUGACUUUGGCUUUGGUACAUUUGACAAAGGGGCAUAUGCCACCUCAUGAUGUCAAAAUUUAGGCUGCAGGACACGGCAUUAGUUGUUGUCAUGUUCUGCAUUUAAAUUGUUGUCAAACCCCAAUAAUUAGAUGAGUUGAGCAGCCAUGUCAAUGUUUUAAAUUAAGAAAUAGCAUUCAUGCUGUCAUUCCUUGUUUUGUUUUCCCUCCAGAUGUUCAGGUUUUUUUAACAUUUUGUCCAGGAAUAGGCGCAGGCUAGAGAUUGUUAUGGGGAUAGCAAACUAUAUAUUGUAGAGUUUUCUGAUUUCUUUUUCUCCUCCCUCGAGCAGUUGAUGUGCAGAAAAAUGAAAAUUACCAAGAGCCAAGUAUGGUCCCAUCACAAAUAAUCAAAACUGAAAUACGAGAAGAGAUGUCUGCAGAUAUGUGGAGAAGAAGGAGAUAUGAGAAAAAAGGAUCUUACAAUUGGAGAGAAAACUCGACUUCUGAGUGUGCGGAAAUGGAACACUUCCAGAUUCAACAUGAUUUCAAAGAAAGCAGUAUGGGAAAGUGUCGAGGAAAUGGGAAGAGAUUCAAACCAAAACCCAAUUUCAGUAACCACAGCAAAAUGGGAAAAAACUUCAACUAUAACACCAAAAUUAUCCCACAUAAAAUAAUCCAUGCAAAAGAGAAGCCUUAUAAAUGUAUGGACUGCGGAAAGAACUUUAGGUGGAGAGGUAAUCUUAAUUACCAUAAAAAGAUCCAUUUGGGGGAAAAGCCCUUCAAAUGUGCAGAAUGUGGAAGAAGUUUCAAUAUGAACAGUUCCUUGACUUAUCAUAAAAGGAUCCAUAUGGGAGAUAAACCCUAUAAAUGCAAUGACUGUGGUAAAAGCUUCACUAUGAACAGUGCCUUUACUUUUCAUAAAAGAAUCCAUCUGGGAGAGAAACCUUACAAAUGCCUGGAAUGUGGAAAAAACUUCAGCACCAGAAGUUAUCUGACCUCCCAUAAAAGGAUCCACACAGGGGAAAAACCCUAUAAAUGCCUAGACUGUGGAAAAAGCUUCAGUAUGAACAGUUCCUUUACUUACCAUAAAAGGAUCCAUAUGGGAGAGAAACCGUAUAAAUGCCUGGAAUGUGGAAAAAGCUUCAGUAUGAAUAGUUCUCUUACUUACCACAAAAGGAUCCACACAGGAGAGAAACCCUAUAAAUGUCCAGUGUGUGGAAAGAGCUUCAGUAGUAGCAGUUAUCUAACCUCCCAUAAAAGGAUCCAUACAGGGGAAAAACCCUAUAAAUGCAUAGAAUGUGGGAAAAGCUUCAGUUUGAACAGUUCCCUUGCUUCUCAUAAAAGAAUCCAUACAGGAGAGAAACCCUAUACAUGCACAGAGUGUGGAAAGAGCUUCAGUAGUAGCAGUUAUCUAACCUCCCAUAAAAGGAUCCAUACAGGGGGAAAAACCUAUAAAUGCAUAGAAUGUGGGAAAAGCUUCAGUUUGAAUAGUUCCCUUGCUUCUCAUAAAAGAAUCCAUACAGGUGAAACUAAUAUAUGA